AUGGCCAGUGCUGCAGUUUCCAGCGGUGGCGGCGGAAAUGCCGCCUUCAAGGACAAGGAGAAGCCCCAGGCGGUGCGCACGGCCAACAUCGUCGCCGCAAGAGCUGUUGCGGAUGCUAUCAGAACUUCGCUGGGUCCGAGGGGUAUGGAUAAGAUGAUCCAAACCGGCAAGGGCGAGACCCUCAUUACGAACGAUGGCAACACUAUGCUCCGUGAUAUGAGUGUGCUCCACCCUGCGGCAAAGAUGCUCGUCGACCUCGCAAAUGCUCAGGAUAUUGAGGCUGGUGAUGGCACGACGUCGGUGGUCGUGAUUUGCGGCAGCUUGCUGGGAGCGGCGGAGCGGUUAUUGUCCAAGGGUAUCCACCCUACCACGAUUUCUGAGUCCUUCCAGCGUGCUGCGGCGGCAGCAGUCCAGGUUCUCCACGACAUGUCCAUUCCCCUCGCCCUCACCGACCGUGCAGCGCUCCUCAAGGCCGCAUCCACCUCUCUGUCUUCGAAGAUUGUUGCCCAGGAGCCCAAGCUCGCCCCGAUGGCUGUGGACUCCGUUCUUAAGAUCAUCGACCCGAAGACGGCGGAUAACGUUGAUUUAAAGAACAUCAGGAUUCUGAAGAAGCCUGGCGGCACCGUGGACGAGAGCGAGAUGGUCGACGGACUGGUGCUGCAACAGCAGGUUGUGAAGAGCGGCGGCGGCCCCGUGAGAAUGGAGAAGGCCAGAAUUGGUCUGAUCCAGUUCCAGCUGAGCCCACCGAAGCCUGAUAUGGAGAACCAGAUUGUCGUCAACGACUACAGGCAGAUGGAUAAGAUUCUCAAGGAAGAGAGGACAUACCUCUUGAACAUGGUGAAGAAGAUUAAGAAGGCCAAGUGCAACGUUCUCUUCAUCCAGAAGUCCAUCCUCAGGGACGCGGUCAACGACCUCUCUUUGCACUUCCUCGCCAAACUCAACAUUCUCUGCGUCAAGGAUAUUGAGCGCGACGAAAUCGAGUUUAUCACCAAGAGCACUGGCUGCAAGCCCAUUGCGGACAUCGAGUCUUUCACCGAGGAUAAGCUCGGCUCGGCCGACCUGAUCGAAGAGGUCCAGAGCUCUGGCGCGAGGAUAGUCAAGGUCACCGGCGUUAAGUCGCAAGGCCAGACCGUCUCGCUGGUGUGCCGUGGCGCCAACUCGCUCAUCCUCGAUGAGGUUGAGCGCUCCAUUCACGACGCCCAGUGCGUAAUGCGCUGCCUUGUGAAGAAGAAGGCACUGCUGGCUGGCGGUGGCGCGCCUGAGAUUGAGAUCGCGCAGUCCCUCGCCACCCAGGCCCGCUCGCUCACCGGCACUGAGGCCAUCUGCUGGAAGGCUUUCGCCGACGCCAUGGAGAUCAUCCCCGUCACUCUCGCCGAGAACGCCGGUCUCAACUCCAUCAAGGUCGUCACCGAGCUUCGGCACCGCCACGCCCUCGGCGAGCAGCAGGCCGGCAUCUCCAUCAAGAGUGGCGGUGUCAAGAACAACAUCGCCGAAGAGAAUGUUCUGCAGCCCCUGCUCGUCUCCACCUCUGCCAUAGAACUGGCCGCCGAGACCGUCAAGCUGCUCCUUAGAAUCGACGACAUCGCCUUGAGCCGUUAA